GGGCAGCUCUGAUAUUGAAGCACAUGGCCGAUGUGUCCAACCUUAUCUUCUGUUGAUCUCAUGGAGGCCCGACGGCGCUGGCAGGGCGUAUAAAAUGCUGCUAACUUCUUUCCCGCUAACACGGACCGCUUGAUCCACCAUGCGCUCCUCCGGAUGGCUCGCGACCGCUCUGGUGUCCCUUGCGUCUCUGACCGCCGCCAUGCCCCGUAUUCCGGCGAUGCCCAAGCAGCCUGCCAUCCAAUGGCAGCCCGAGGCUGAUGGGCCCCACGCUCGAGCGGGCCUCGUGGAGUACUUCUUCGACCAACUGCUCGACCACACCAAUCCAUCGCUGGGCACGUUCAAGCAGCGAUACUGGUUUUCGGAGAAGUAUUACAAGCCGGGUGGACCUAUCAUCCUGUUCAAUGCUGGAGAGGAGGAUGCAUCGCAAUACACAGGCUAUCUACAGAACGUAACCAUCACGGGAGCCAUUGGAUAUGCGACUGGAGGCGCUACGAUCGUCAUGGAGCAUCGUUACUGGGGAAAAUCCAUCCCUUUUGCUGAUUACAGCACGGCCAACAUGAAGUACUUCACUAUCCACAACGCGGUUCAGGACUAUGCGUACUUUGCCCAGAAUGUUGCGUUGCCUUGGGCUUCCGGAGCUAAGGUCACUCCGCCGCCGACCACAGCUUGGAUUCUCAAUGGUGGAUCCUACCCUGGAGUGCUCGCUGCCUACGUCAAGCAAACUUUCCCCGAUCUGUUCUAUGCUUCUUAUGCCACCUCUGCGCCGGUGCAGGCAAUCUACGACUUCUUCGGCUACUUCGUGCCUGUUGCCGCCGGAGCACCGCAGAACUGCAGCACUGACAUGAAGCGUGUUAUCACUCACUGGGACAAAGUCAUGACGCAGGGCAAGCCGGCGGAGAAGAGGAAAUUGAUGACCCUUUUCGGGUUCGGAAAUGUCACUCACGCAGAUGAUGCGUCUUCUGGAUUGGAGGAAGCGCCCUGGAGCUGGCAGGCGCUUGGCCCAGCCGUCGGUGCUCACCAACAAUUUUUCGAUUUCUGCGAUAUGCUCGAGACCCGGCACGGCGUCACUGCUGGACCUGAUGGGUUCGGUGUCGAAUAUGCUACCCGUCAAUGGGCCCAGUGGCAAACCGCGUUGAACAAGCAACUGUGUGGUGCUGAUUUUGAUAAUGACAACUGCUGGGGAACCUACGACCCGACCUCCGCCAGCUACACCAACAUUGCGCCUACCAACACUUAUCGGCCCUGGAUAUCGCUUUCCAGCACGCAGAUCGCGUUCUGGCAGGACGGGAACCCAACUGCGCCAUCGAUCGUCUCUAAGCUGGUCAACCCGGCAUACUGGGAGCGCCAGUGCCCUCUGUGGUUCCCAGCCGAGAAUGGUGUCUCGGUCCCCGCCAAAGCACCCGUCGAUACGCUCAACCCGGUUUACGGUGGAUGGGACAUGAGUGUGGAUCGCCUGUUGUUCGUCAACGGAGAAUUCGACCCGUGGCGCAGCGGAACUGUGUCGAGCUUGCUCCCGAACGCACCCGCUCGUAAGAGCACCGAAAUGCAGCCGAUCCUCCUCGUCAAGACCGGAGUGCACUGCUGGGACAUGAUCACGAGCACUGCGAUGGCCAAUCCCAACACCCGAGUCGUUUUCAACGAGGUCGUGGCCACGAUGGUCAAAUGGAUGGACGAGUGGCACGCUGCUCGCGCUUAGUGGCAAAAAUACAAUGUCUGCAUGAAUAUGUCUGUUACGAUCGUCGCUUUCACGAGCAUUAUACAAUGAUAUCAGAAUAUAAAAAUACACAAGUGCACAUAUCUA